AUGUCUCAUGUCAAGCGAGACAAGAAGGAGUCAACGUCGAAACAGGAGAGCGGGAACGACGUCAGCGGGACAGACGCGGGCAAGGGGAAGAAACGGGCACCGAGCCCUGACGAAGGAGGAGCUGCAGGAGACCGAGGCAAACGUCACAAAGCUGCCUACGAGGUCCAUCAAAAGAUAGCCCACGCUGUAAAUGCCGCCCGGGUUGACCGCGAACCGCCUCUUGACAAGCUGCUCGCUGCCCAGGAGAAGAUCUGGGGAGGCGAAUCAGUGGUAUACUGGAUGCGAAUGGAGGACGUCAGAGUCAAGGACAACCGGGCUUUAGCUCUGGCUUCGGAAUUUGCUCAGCAGAACUCGCUUCCCUUGAUCGUCCUUUUUGUCCUCGUACCUGGUGACUACAAGGCUCACGAUCGCAGUGCCCGGUCGAUCGAUUUCCGGUUGAGAAACCUUCGCAACAUCAAAGUCAAGCUUCAGGAGAAAAACAUCCCCCUGCAUGUAAUCACACAUGCUGGUAACCGCUUUAGACUCCCUGAGAAAAUCAUUGAUGAGAUCCUGCCGUCCAUGAAAGCGACACAUAUCUUUGCAAACAUGGAAUACGAAGUGGACGAGCUAAGAAGGGACAUCGAGGUGUUAGAGUAUGGCGCAAAACAAAACGUCCGUGCGAUGUUCGUGCAUGACAGACUCGCCGUACCUCCGGGAACUUUCAAGACCGGACAGGGCAAGCCUUACGGAGUCUUCUCCCCAUGGCAGAGAAAGUGGCAGGCUUUCUUGGAAGCGCACGAGGAGCAUCUUUAUGAGGCCGCGGAUCCGGAGGGCAACGAGGAUGGCCUUCGUUCACAUCCCAUAUAUGGCAAGCUCUUUGACGGGGAGGUGCCUGAAUGUCUGGAGGGUUUUGAAUGCCGCGAUCGUGACCUUAUGAAGGUGGUUUGGCCAGAGGGCAAUGAGGUAGCAGUACAGGUUCUCAAUCGAUUUCUAUACUGCUCCGCUAGAAAGGCCGAUUUGGGACUGGUCGACCCCAGAACGAUGGGUCAAGAGAUGAGCAUCGAUCUCGAGCCCGAUGACGACGUACAAUUGAUAGAAGACGAGCCGACGAAGGGCAACGCGAAGCUUAGCCUCAAGGGCAAAACGGCAUCGCCGACUAGACUUCGUGAUUAUGCAUCGAGUCGAAACUCGGCAGAUUCCAACACGUCAAGCCGACUUUCGCCGUACUUAGCUUCCGGAGUGAUUUCUAUCCGAACCAUUCUCAAUAAAGUCAAAAAGCUCCUCGGCAACAAGCUUGAAAGUGGGCGCGAUAGUGGACCUGGAACCUGGGUCAUGGAAUGUGCCUGGAGGGACUUUUACAAUCACGUGACAGCAGCCUUUCCCCGAGUCAGCAUGGGGCGACCUUUCCAGGAGAAGUUUGCCGAAGUCCAGUGGGAAGUAGAUGAGGAGAAGUUCAACGCUUGGAAAGAAGGUCGCACAGGCUAUCCGAUCGUCGAUGCUGCCAUGAGGCAGUGCGCUCUCAUGGGAUGGAUGCAUAACCGAUCUCGCAUGAUUUGCGCAUCGUUCCUGGUCAAAGAUUUGAUGAUCGAUUGGCACUUGGGAGAACAGUAUUUCAUGCAACAAUUCAUGGACGGAGAUCUUGCUGCCAACAAUGGCGGAUGGCAGUGGACUGCAUCCACCGGGACCGAUCCUCAACCAGCAUUUCGGAUCUUCAACCCGACUUCGCAAUCAGAAACUGCUAGUCCGGAUGGCGCUUAUAUAAGAUAUUGGGUUCCAGAGCUGGCCUCGCUACCGGACAAAGCCGUUCAUAACCCUUACGAAAAGCUUAGCUCGAAAGAGUUUGCAAAGCUCAAUUAUCCAGCCCCGAUUGUCGAUCACGCUAAGGCGAGGAAAAGAGCACUCGCUCGAUACAAGAACCCAGGUUAUCACGGGGAAGGCUCUGAUUAGCUGUGUGCCUUGCUGGCACUCAUAUCUUCAAUGUUCCUGUGUAGCGACACCUAUAAUCAGAUUUCGAUUUCAGGUGUUCUUCUUAGACUGUAACGGCCAGACGUAUUAAUCACCCAUCUGAUUCUGGAUGAUAUAAUCAUUCGAUAAUUUUUCAUUGAUAA